AUGUCUCCAAGUAAAUUCCAAAUUGCUUCAAUGAACAAAAAAUCAAGCGGCACUUCCAAACCAAAAUUCACUUCCAUAAUCGCUAAAGUUUCCAAACCCAAAAACACUCACAAGAAAAACGAUUCAGGCUUUAGCGAGGAAUUUUUCUCUCCAAUUCCGAUCGAUUCAAGCUCCAAGAACAAAAAGUUUUCUUUUUCCAAUGUUCCGUAUUCUAAUUGCCUUGGGUUGAACAAUACUCCAUAUGGAACAACGGCUAUUCAUUCAAGCAAGAAAGGACGUUUGGUAUAUAACACCGAUCCUAAAUUGAACGCGUGGUUCAAAGCUCCCCUUGAAAUCGCCCUCAAAUGGAAAGGAUUCGCACCAGAAGCACAGCUCCGUAGUCUUUGUCGUACCACUUCUAAAAUCAGCUUUAACAAAAAUAAUAUAGUCGUCAAUGUAAAUAAUGUGACAGAAUCAGGUCUUACGCGCGAAGCAAUUAUCGAGAAAUUUGUUAAAUUGGAGUGUGAUACUAUCUAUUUGGAAGCUAGAGCUAAAGUAAUUGCUAGGAAAUGGGCUGCUAAAAAUAAUGCUAUCUUCAAUGCUGAGAAACGGAUCGAAGCAGUAAGAAGCGAGCGAAAACAAUUGAUAAGAGACAAUUUAGAUGCUGAAUUCGAACUUGAAGAAAAAUUGGGUUGGAAAAGAAUCGAAGCUUUUCGAAAAUCUAUUUCUCAAACAACCUUUAUUGACACUAAAGUCGUUGAAGAUAUCGAUUUUUAUCUUGAAGAACUUGAAGGAUGGUCUCGUAUUGAUUCUAUUAAAUCCGAUUUAUCUCAACACAAAGGAAUUCUGGAAUCCCCACAAGAAUCAAAUUGGCGUCAACAAAUAGCCAUAAUUUUU